AUGGCCCUCCCCGCCGCCUCCACCGCCCUCUCCGCCGCCGACUCCGACCUCCACCUCCCCACCCCGACCCUCGACUCCGAGUCCUCCGCCCUCCUCCACACCGUCUCCGAGCACGGCGGCUACGCCUACGUCAGCAUGGCCUCACGCGCCGCCGCCGGCGACGUACGCGCGGCGGAGGCGGCUCGCGAGAUGGCCUGGGAGCAGCUCCACUCCGGGCCCUGGCACUCUGUCCUCCCCGUCUGGCGCGACGCUUACGCAAUGGCCUGCCUGCACGUCGCCAAGCUUCACUUCGCCGCCGGUGAGUUCUCCGACGCCCUCCGCGCUCUCGACAUGGGCCUCCUCAUGGGGGGACCGCUUUUCAAAUCGGAUCUCCACUCCGCCGUGAGCAAAGUCUCCGCGAAAUCCCGCGCUAGGGUUUCCGAGGAAAACGGCCCCAAUUUGGACCGCCGGUUGGUCCGUGACGACCUCAAAGCAUCGGAGAUGGUUGGAGUUUUGCCUCCAAAAUCACUAUCUUGUAAAAUGGUGGUGAAGAAGUCUGGUUUAUCUUUGGAAGGGUUUUUGAGAGAGCAUUUCUUACCGGGAUCGCCGGUUAUUUUGACUGAUUGUAUGGGGCAUUGGCCGGCCAGGACUAAGUGGAAUGACAUGGAUUACCUGUUAAGAGUUGCCGGUGACCGGACGGUGCCGGUUGAGGUUGGGAAAAAUUACUUGUACCCAGAGUGGAAGCAAGAGCUUAUUACGUUUUCGCAGUUUCUUGAGAGGAUUCGGGGUACUGACUCUUCCUCUGGUGUCCCGACAUAUCUUGCUCAGCACUCAUUGUUUGAUCAGAUAAACGAGCUGCGUGAGGACAUAUGUAUUCCAGACUAUUGCUGUGCUGGUGGUGGGGAACUAAGGUCCACUAAUGCUUGGUUUGGCCCGGCUGGGACUAUAACCCCUUUACACCAUGAUCCACACCAUAAUGUGUUUGCUCAGGUAGUUGGGAAGAAGUAUAUUAGGCUCUAUCGUGCUUCAUUGUCAGAGGAACUCUAUCCACAUACUGAAACCAUGCUUUGCAACUCAAGUCAGGUUGAUCUAGACAACAUAGAUGAGAAAGAAUUCCCCAAGGUGCAGGACUUGGAAUUUCUAGACUGCAUUUUAGAGGAAGGUGACAUGCUUUAUAUCCCACCAAAGUGGUGGCACUAUGUGCGGUCUCUGACAACUAGUAUGUCAGUUAGCUUUUGGUGGAGUGAUUAUGACGGUUCAGCUACUUCUUGAUAGUUUGUGGUUUAGUGUUUAGUGCCUUCUUAUUAAUUCAUUUUGAUAUUGUUAGACAGGGCAGUUUUCAGUUGCAGAGUCUUAUAUUCUCAUGUAUAUAUCCCGCCGUGUUAUAUUUACAACAAAACUUACAGAUGUCUGAAGAAGAAGAAAAUCAAGAAACUGUUUGUAAC